CGAAAGUCCAAGCAGAAAACUUCUCUUCCAAUCCCUUCAGGAUUUUGGGCGAAAAUAGUAGUGGUGUCCUUCACAGGUAUCUUGGCAUGGGCUUAUCUAGCAACCCAGCCUCCUCCAUCGAAGCUUUGUGGUUCUCCAGAUGGGCCUCCUAUCACAGCUCCAAGAAUUAAAUUAAGUGAUGGAAGACACUUGGCUUACAAGGAAUUUGGUGUACCUAAAGAUCAAGCAGCAUAUAAGAUAGUCUAUGUGCAUGGAUUUGAUUCUUGCAGGCAUGAUGCCGUCAUUGCCACCAACCUAUCUCCUGAUGUUGUUGAGAGUUUGCAAGUGUAUAUCGUUUCCUUUGACAGGCCAGGCUAUGGAGAAAGUGACCCUAACCCAAAGAUUACAGAGAAGAGUUUGGCUUUUGAUAUAGAAGAGCUUGCUGAUAAGUUGGGACUUGGUUCAAAAUUUUAUGUUGCUGGAUUUUCCAUGGGCGGGCAGGUGGUUUGGACCUGUCUUAAGUACAUCCCUCACAGAUUGGCUGGAGCGGCGCUUAUAGCUCCCGCUGUAAACUACUGGUGGCCUAACCUCCCUGCAAAUUUAUCAAGGAAGGUCUACUCCGAACAACUUUUCUGGGAUCAAUGGGCUCUCCGAGUUGCUCAAUAUGCUCCUCCUUGGCUUGUCUACUGGUGGCACAGCCAAAAGUAUUUUCCUGCUUUCAGUAUUUCCGCUCACAGCCUGGAUGUUCUUUCUUCACAAGAUAAAGAGUUGCUGCCUAAAAUUCAUCCCCCAAGAAAGGACUACAUGGCACAGGUGAGACAACAAGGAGAGUUCGAGUCCAUCCACCGUGACUUGAUGGUUGGAUUUGGGAGCUGGGAGUUUGAUCCAAUGGAUGUGAAGAACCCAUUGCUUAUCUCUGUUCACCUGUGGCAAGGAGAUGAGGACCUUCUUGUACCCGUUGCAUUGCAAAGAUAUAUCGCCCAGCAGCUUCCAUGGAUUCACUACCAUGAGCUUCAGGGUGCUGGUCAUAUGUUCCCUUAUGCAGAUGGAAUAGCUGAUAAAAUUGUGAAGAGUCUUUUAAUUGGGGUGAAGAGUGGUCUUUAGUCAAUUUUUUCUUACCAGAGUGGCCUUCAGUCAUUUACUACUAUAAAUAAUACUUGGUCAAUCCUUUGUAAUUUGAUCAAAGUUGAGUAAUAUGUGGAACAAUGGAACUAGAAUGUAAAAAUGUGUGAUUGAGUUUUAUGAAGAGUUGACUAGAAUGUGUCAUUAGAAUGUUUUUUUGGAAGAUGGGGGUUACAUUGAUAUCAC